AUGGCGUCUUACACUUUUGUCACAAGAAUGUCACAAGAUGUUCUGGUGAACACCAUUGUUCAGGUGGCUUGUAAGCGUUGGGAUAAAAUUCCACCAAUUGAGGGGUGGAGGCAGCCCAGAGGCAGCCCUCCUAUUACAUGGGUUCAUCAAGUCUAUUCUGAUGUUAGACUCUCAGGCCGUGAAGCCCUUGCAACUGCACCGAUGGAGCCUAUGACUGGAAUAGAGAAGGAAAACCAGUCCAGGAUACAGGAAUUUAUCCUCCUGGGAUUCCCCGGCAGUCAAUAUUUGCAGAUAUCUCUCUUUGUGGUGUUUAGCAUGAUAUACAUCCUGACAGUUGCAGGAAAUGUUGCCAUCAUAGUUCUAGUGAAGGCCCACCAUCAUCUCCACACCCCCAUGUACUUCUUACUUUGCAACCUCUCCUUCCUGGAGAUAUGGUACACCACAGCCUGUGUCCCCAAGACAAUUGCAAUCUUCCUGGGGAAAAGCAGAACCAUCCCCUUUGGUAGCUGCAUCCUGCAGAUGUACUUCAUUUUCUCCCUGGGUUGCACAGAGUAUUUCCUUUUGUCUGCCAUGGCCUAUGACCGCUAUCUGGCCAUUUGCUACCCAUUGCACUAUAGAACCAUCAUGAACAGCACCAAGUCUGCUCAGCUGGCCCUUGGUUCUUGGAUGUCUGGUUUUCUGGCUAUUUCUAUCCCAGCAUCUCUGAUAGCCAGGUUAUUCUUCUGCAGCUCUAACGUCAUCAAUCAUUUCUUCUGUAGCAUAGAUUCCUUGAUCAUUCUCUCCUGCACAAACACCUCGGUGAUUGAGUUGACAGCUUUCCUCAUCUCGAUCAUUGUCAUCCUAGGAUCAUGUUCCAUAACGCUGGUCUCCUACAUUUACAUAAUCUCCACUGUACUGAGGAUACCCUCGGCUCAAGGCCGGCAAAAGGCCUUUUCCACUUGCUCGGCCCAUCUUAUUGUUGUGACUAUCUGGUACAGCGCCACCAUCUUCCUCUAUGUCCGGCCUUCCAAACAGAGCUCCUUGGAAACGAACAAGAUUGUCAACACUUUGAACACUAUUGUCACUCCGUUGUUAAACCCUUUCAUUUACACUCUGAGAAAUAAAGAGGUGAAGGAUGCUUUAUGGAAGGUAUUCGGUUGGACAUAA